ACUAGCAAAAGAGUAGCAAUCAGCGAUAUACUCUUCGAGUGGAUCUUGAACUUUGAAGGUGAAACCAUUAAGGAUACUCACGAUUUGGAUUAACCGUGUCCUUUUCGCUAGAACGCCAUCAUUCGCGUUGUGCUUUGUUCGAAAAAGUAAAUACGUUAGCAAUGGCGAAUUCUAGUGCUGCUGUUUGUGUUCUGCUGUUCUGCCUGUGCCUCAGAGUGAGUGCCGCGUUGCCGGCCUUCGACGAUGAGCGGGAUUUUGAAAGAGAACUCUACUACCGCCAGCUUCCGGAAUGGCCACUAAGCUCGCCGGCGGACUUGUUGGGCGAACCGGCCGUGCUACCAUUGCUCGGUGCUGCCUUUGAGUACCGACAACCGAUCCAUGCGGCCGCCAGUGCACCACACGUGAAGCGAAAUUCCGAGCUCAUAAAUUCUCUACUUAGUCUUCCGAAGUCGAUGAAUGAUGCUGGCAAGUAACGCGGCACCCACUCUUCGCGCAGUAUUCCGCGCUAGUAGAUAGCUGGAAAUGUAGCAUAUAGAAAAGCGAUUCUCAUGAUUCUAUGGUGCUUGCUGGAAAUCCGACAAAGGGGACAUUUCAUUCUGAAAUAGGUUGCAUUAUGGUUUCGUUCCACGCCGCGUCAUAAACAGUUUUCCUCGAUCAUUCUUCGAUGCCCACUAGUGCGUUAGAGUAGAAUAUUAGCUAAAGCAAAACUGAAACAAGUAAUCCGUAUUGAUGUUAUCGGUGAACUGAACUUACAAAUAUAAUCCUUCGGGCUGCAGAACUAUUCUAGUGCCACCGGCAUAUACCGCUAGCAGGGCAUGUGUUGAUGGUGAACGACGACCGCGGUCAGCAUCGAACCCUGUAACUGAUGCUGAGGAGUGGUUAAAAAUGUUUAAUAAAAGCCGUUUAGUU